AUGGCGGAGAACAAGCGUCAGGGCUCAGUGAAGGCGUCGACGCAAAAGCAAGCUGGCAACGCCGCAGGCCCAGGAAUGGCGGCAGCUACAGUGCCCUUGGAGGCGGCAUUGAGCGGGGCGAUCGGUGCCCGCGUGCGUAUCACAACUGCCCAGCCCAAUCAGUCAAUCCUAGAAGGUACUCUUUUCACAGCAUGCCCAAUCACCAACCUCGUGGCCAUCAACACAGCCCCUCCGGCCAACCCUGGUGAUGCCAAACAGGCGCAGAACGGUGAUUACCAUGUAAUUCCAAUCUCGCGCAUCCACAACUUCCAGCUUCUGGCCCUCGCCGUACCUUCGGGCUCCAACUCGUCAUCCUUCACAGACGCGCAGCCCACGAUCCAGGCACUAGACACUCGUGCGCUCAAAAUGCGCGAAUCAAAAGCUAUUGGUGAGGCAUUCGAUCGUGAAGCGCGUCGUGGCAAGGGUGUGACUCGGGAGGCUCAGGACCUGUUCGAUGCGUUCAGUCGUACUAUGCCAGCGCGGUGGAACGGACAUAACAUCAUUGUCGCCGAUGCCGUGACCAUCGCUGCGCCCUACCGCGUCGAUGAUUGCCGCCCGAUUGUCGAGGGUGACACGGCUGCUCUUGCUAGAGUACGCAAAGUGCUUGAGAUGGAGCGCAAGAAGAUCGAGCUUCGCAACGCGAGCGCCACUAUUGGCUCUACCAGCACCUUCUCCCGUCACCCUGGUGAUCAGCGCAAAGGCGGGUAA